CCCCCCCAGCGGCUGGCCCACGAGUGCCUGGCGCAGAGCUUCGACAGCGCCAAGCACGCCCCCGCGCUGGUGCCCGCGGCCCCCAAGGGCGAGGGGGGUCCCGGGGGGGGCGCCGAGAGCCUGCCCUACACGCAGUACCUGCCCCUGAUCAAGGCCCAGAUCGCCGGCGCCAAGGACAUCCACAACGCCCUGCUGGAGGGCACCAACAAGAUCACGGGCAAGCUGCCCCCCCCGGGGGGGCCCUGACCCGAUUUGGGGGUCCUGGUGGGGUUUGGGGGGGUCCUGGUGGGGU